CUUUGGGUUGGCAGAGGUGGACAGGAAAUAUAAUCUUUCUUUUCUAAUUCCUGUAGAUACGAUAUCUCAACCAAUGAUCAACUUGGUUUUUGUUAAUAUAAUUUAAGCAUCUCCCUCGUCAACAAGAUUAGUAGAAGACUGUGUGUAGGCUUCAUUUGAUUUGAGAAAGCAGAUGAGGACAAAAUUCUCAGGCCUCGGUUUCUUCUUCUAAUACCCUCCCCCCUUCUUUCUAGUGGAAGCGUGCAGAUUAGGUUCAUUUCUCAGCUUUUUCAAGCCUUCUGGACUAAGCCUUGAUCAGACUUGUGCAGCUCUGUACAUUUUUGUGGAGUAAGAAGCUACCCUUAUGGAUAUAGCAGCAGGGAAAUGGCUUAGUGAGAUGGGCAUGGAUGAUUACAAAUUCAUCCAUCAAUGCAAUAUCAACUCUCUUGCCGAGUUCACCGCACAAAACAUGGCAACUACUCUACUGGGAGAAAACCUCCAACGAUCUUUCUCUUCCGAGAGUUUCUCCUCGAAACCCAGUUUAAUGAUGACCAGAAACACCACGAUCACCAGUACUUCAAAUGGUUCCUCCUCUGAAACGUCUCAGACCAGCAUUGAAACACCUGGAAAACAGCAGAGAACUAACAGCUGGAACUCUAGCAUCUCCACCCUGCACCAAUCGCCAAAACCACCUUCUCCUAUUCCUGAAAGUUUUUCUUUCAACAACUCAGCUCCACCACCUACGGCCAGUUCCCAGCAGUUUUACGGAAAUCUUGGCCGCUUGAUCAAGUCUAAGGAUGAGGCUGCAUCUCCAAUAAACAUGCACUUUCAAACUUCAAUUUCAAAAGCUGCUUGUGAGAGAUCAGAAAGUUAUGCCCCAGAGGCUAAGCAAGGGAUCAAGAGGCCUUACUCAAUGACUAGAAGUGCUAUGCAUGUUCAAGAUCACAUAAUGGCUGAGAGAAAGCGCAGAGAAAAGCUUAGCCAGCAGUUCAUAGCUCUUUCAGCCCUUGUUCCAGGUCUUAAAAAGAUGGACAAGGCUUCUGUCCUUGAUGGCGCUAUGAAGUACAUGAAACAACUCCAAGAACAACUGAAACAACUCCAGGAUCAGACCAAGACAAAAACCAUGGAAUCCGUGGUUCUGCUGAAGAAGUCUAAGCUCUCUGUUGAUGAUGAAUGUACUUCAUCUGAUGAGAACUUUGAUGGCCUCCCUGGCUCACCGCUCCCAGAAAUUGAAGCAAGAACAACUGAUAAGGAUGUACUGAUUCGGAUCCAUUGCAAGAACCAGCAAGGAGUUGGGAUUAAAAUACUAAGCGAGAUAGAGAAUCUUCAUCUAUCAGUAGUCAAUAGCAGUGUAUUGGUAUUUGGGAAUUCCACUCUUGACGUAACAGUAAUUGCCCAGAUGGACAAUGAUUUCUCAUUGACAAUGAAGGAUCUUGUCAAAAAACUAAGACUGGCUUGUUUGAAGCUCUCAUGUGCUAUAAUACCAAGCUCGUGCGUUCAAGCCUGAAGAUUUGCCCAGGCCCUCCAUUUUUUUCCAAAUCUUCUCGGAGAAGCACUGAUCCACAAAUCUCCCAUCCCCUUCAAUAGAUCGAUUUGUAUUGUGAAUUAUAAGGUUGCUAUGCCAUGGAGGUUCGAUUCGCAGCAGGAUUCUUCUUGUUGUUUUUGCGUGCUGACCACGUUGAAUUACCCACAUGCUGUGCAAAGAAUCCACACGGCCAUUAAUUGGUUUAUGUAACCAAUUUUAUAAUCACUUCUGCCUCUCUGUAUCCUGCCGAGAAAUUGGUUUAUGUAAUUGUGGUUAUGUCUUGGAAACCUCAAUUUUAUUUUAAAUCUUUUUGAUUUUAUCAA